AUGGCUGCACUGUUUGCUCUGCUGGUUCUGGUCGUCUUGUUGCUGCGGAGGCCAUCUUGUUUCUCUCUCUCAGCAGGAGCGGUAAGCAGCCUGGGCUCUGGGGAGGAGCAGCACAGCAGAAGCGGUUUGGGCCUGCUGUGUAUCGCCCCUCCGGUGCGGUCGGUGGAGGAAACACCAGAGCCCAUUGAAACCACCGUCCGCGGGAACAUCCCAGCCUGGAUCAAUGGCAAUCUACUGCGCAAUGGCCCGGGCAAGUUUGAGGAGCAAGGAGAGUGUGCCUGUGGGGAAGGCAGGCCAUCCGCGACGCCAGAGGGCGCUAAAGUGCUGUGUUCCAUCCCUUCAGUGGACAGGGCUAGACCCUCUUACUACCACAGCUUUGCAAUGUCGCAGAAUUACGUGGUGUUCAUAGAACAGCCCCUGAAGAUGGACCUGUUGAAGAUUGUCACCUCCAAACUGCGUGGAAAGCCUAUAAAUGAUGGAAUCUACUGGGACCCCAAUUUGGAGACGGUGUUCCAUAUGAUCAGCAAGCACACUGGGAAGGUCUCAUUGGCUCUGUCCUGUCACCCCAACUCCAGAAUCACCUUACAGACAGAGGAAAGCUUGUCUCUGGUCGGCCAAAGAGCCACAUCAUUUUAUCAGCGGGGGUGGCAAGCUAAGCUUGUGGAUGGAUCCAGGCCAGUCUCUGCGAAGUACUACGUCAAGGCAAUGGCCGACUUCCAUCAGAUCAACGCCUUUGAGCAGGACGACUUCCUGCUGCUGGACCUGCUCGGCAGUGAUGAUGGGGAAGCUGUCAACGAUUACCUGAUUCAGAACAUCUUGCAAAUACGGAGAGUUCUUGGACCAGGUAAAGCACAAACGCACAACCACAUACAUGACGUCAAUGCAUAUCCUCUAUUCUCUUUGUGUGAGGGUGCCGAUGGGUUUCCUCAGAAUUUUAUGUUAACAACGAUCCGUUCUGUGAUUCAGGUGUGGCAUCACCCUGGGCUUUUCCCGUCUGAGCCAAUCUUUGUUCCAUCACCUGACGCCAUGGAGGAAGACAACGGAGUCAUUCUGUCUGUGGUCAUCACUCCCACACAGGAAAAGAGUACCUUCCUUUUGGUCCUGGAUGCCAAAACGUUUGAAGAGCUUAGCAGAGCUGAGGUGCCUAUAAACAUACCUUAUGGUUUCCACUGAGAGUUCAAUAGCAACUAAUAGUACCCUUGCUUUUAUAUCGCAACUAGUCCCAUUUUAAUAAUCGUUUUAAUUUAGGAAUAAUUGACUGCAUAUCACUAAUUAUACUGUUGGGCUGAAGGAAGAGAGCAAGGUAAGAGAGGAAGAGGAGGAGAGGGAUAAACCAGUAUAGGCCGAAGCAAGGAUCAACCAGACCUGCAGAGCUUUAAGGUUCAGCUCUGUCAAAAGACCCUUUUUAUGUUAAGAGUAUAUACAGGUGCAUUUCAGAAUAUGACAUAUUCUGAAACAUAUCACAUUUAAUCAUGUCUGAUUAAACAUUUUUUGAAAAUGCCUGAUUUAAACAAGCGCAAAUCCACAAUAGCUGCGACCGCAUCCAUAUGUGCAUGCAUCCACUCACACACCCGCGCACAAACACGUGACCUCUUCUUUGGCUCAUGACCAAACUUUCCACAAAAUCUUGUGCAAAUCUGUGAAUCCAUUCGGGAGUUAUGCACCUUUUUGUGAUAGGCCACGCCCCCUCUUGGUCAAUCGGCCUGAAAGUUACUCAGCUCUACCUUCGGUCAUGGCCAACCUCCAUGCUAAAUUUCAGCCUCCUGGGGUGAAAAUUGUGGCCGCUACCGGGUAGGACACUUUUGUGGACCAACUGACCGACUGACAGACAGAGCUAUAGAGCUGCGGUCGCAGCUAAAAAGUAUCAUGUGCCUUAUUGGAAUGAAUUCUUCUGACACGUUUGCAUUAUUCCGAAUGUAACCCUUUUACAAAUUUUAAAUGUUUUAAAUUGGUUU